UUCGAAAUAAUCCACAACAAAUAUGUUCUGCACUAAAAACAAUGGUGACUACGAUCAGAAUAACCUGUGAUGGCGUCUUCAUACAAUCCAAUUCAUUUCUAACCUCAACAACGGCAUCGUCAUCAACAACCUCCUCAAAUCUUGCAGGAACAACAACAUCACCAUCUUCCGACGAAGCAACAACCCCGACAAUAUUUUCAUCAAGCACAGCCGAUACAUUGGUGGAAAGUCGAAACAUUACCCCGGAGCAGGAAGACGACGAGAAGGAUAACAGCUCCAGUGCCAGUAGUACGACCACGACACCAAACCUAACCACCACCUCCCAUGGAAGUGCCAAAGAUCGUUCCGAGUCGAGUAAUUUUCAAUAUGAGGAAGUACGAACACUUGUCCCACAAUUAAAGAAAUCGGGCAGUGAUUCCUCUUCCUCCUCCUCGGCGGCGGGAUCCAUUAUCUCAACACUCAAUUCUCGCAACUUAACAUCCGUCAGCCCAAAUAAUCGUGCAAAACGGCCUCGAACCCCCAAAAAUGAUAAUCGUCGUCGAUAUUAUUUUGGCAGCAACAAAGUCUAUUGGUGUAAGCAGUCACUGCUGAAUGGUGGCAUUCCAGCAUCACCGAUUUCCCUACACAACGGGCCUCGGAGGACAGGGGAUGAGGGUACGAAAAAACCAGCAGCACAACAUCGAGUAAAACUCCAACGGAGUGCCAGUUCGGUGACCGACAAAGAAUUACAGCAAAAGAAGAAACAAAUCAAUGGUCAGGACGAAAUAGAACAAAGACCCCGAACAGGAGUCCAUAAACUCUUAACAGCCUCCAAUAGUCUCAAUUCUUGCACAUUCCACUCCAACGGAAAUCAGAAAUUCAAUCUCAAGGAAUUUUACAAUUUCUCCGCCAACAAAAUCAAAGCCCCAGCGGGGGCGAUACUAAACACCAGCCCACAAAGUGGAGUCAAGAACAACAACCACAUCAAUAAUCGCAAAUCCUCACCCAAGACAAUAUCCGGAGGCACCUCAAUAUUUCUGGUCAACGGAGGUGGAGGUUUCAGUAUUAACUCCUCAGCCUAUGGCAGUCAACGCAAAUCCCCAACGCCAGCAACAGCAAAUGAUUCAACACGGCUCUUGAGUUUUUUACGCUCCGCCAGGAAGCUUUAUCGCAACAGUAUUCGUCUAAAUCAGCAGCAUUCUCAGUCUACCAACAAAUCCUGCUCGUCCUCCUCCCCCCGCCACACUGAAGACCAAAGAGAUGAUGUCGAUUCGCCGUUAAAUUCAUCCAAUAAUGUUCCUAGCUAUCGCGAUAAGCUAAGGCAGAGCUAUCUCUUUGGCCUCAAGAAUUUCUACAAUCAACCAAAUGAGAAUAGCAGCAGCAAUAAUAACAAUAACGGUGGUGGUAGCAGUAGCUGUAAGGAAAAUAAGCCAGUAUUAAGCGAGGAAUGGUUCGAUGAAGACGCACUACCAGACACCAAGGAAAAUACAAAUCCCCUUAAAGAAAAUCUAAAGACUUCCAAUGAUGUUGUAGAUGGUUGUCCUGUCAAGGAUUCAAACGCAGACCAAACACCCAUAAAGAAAAGCAAUAAAAACAACAGUGACGUCAACACCAAAUCCCUCCAUGAUCAAGCAACCGAUACAGGAAUUACCAACAACACCAACAAUAGCAAUCUAAGUAGAAACGAAAGAUCUAAUGGCACAGCUGUAGAAAAUCCGGAGAGAAAGGAAGUUGCCAAAGAAGAAGAAAAAGACUUUUCCAGCACAAAUUUUUCAUCGUCAGUAUCCUUAGCACAACAGAGGUUAACAAAUCCCGAUAACAACAACAAUAAUAACAACAACAAAAGCAAAAACGACAACAAUCCAUCAUCGCAGUCGCCAGCAACAGCCGCAGCAACUGCGAAUAGCCCAGGUUCCCAGACGACAGUUAUGAAUAGUCACGCAACGGCCACACAAAACGGCGGACAAACAACAAUCGUUGGUCAUCAUCGCGGUUUCUCCCAGCCAACGGUAACGGUGGCAACAUCGAGCACGGGCGGUGAUCCAUGGUUUUUGCAAUCAACCGGGCAUCAGAUGCCACCAACGGCCCCAUUGCGUCAUAAUAAACGUCCAGCACCGCAGCCGGUAACGGCGGCUGCUGGUGGACCCAACAAUCCAAAUAGUUUGCUAGCCAAUAACAGUGUAAGUGGUGGUAUAGGCGGGGGUGGUGGCAGCAUUGGUAAUAUCGGCGGCGGUGGUGUUGGCGGCCUAGCCGGCAUUGGUGUCGGUGUUGGUGGUGGUGUUCCCAUCAUCGCCAGCAAUAUCACAUUGCAACAGCAAUUUAGCCAAUCCCAACCCCAUAUUGUAGCACAAUCAGGCAAUUUAUCAUCAGCGUCAUCUCAUCAUAACAAUGUGAAUCAACAUCACAAUGCGAUUCACUUGUCCUCGCAUGCACUUAAUAGUCAUAUAACAAAUGCAACAGGUGUUGCUGGAGGCGGAGGAGGCAGCACUAUUCUGGCUGGUGGUGGUAUUAUAAAUGCCGCUGCCAAUCAUUCACCCAAAUCGCCAAAUCAACAUCCACAGCAGCAGCAACAGCAACAAUCCCACAGUUUAAUGUCAACAUUUACUCCCAUUGUCGGUUCCGCGUCGACGGCAUCAUCUGUUACGGCCGCCGCAGUGGCCAGUGUCACCCAACAGCAACAACAACAGCAUAUGCAAUUAUUAAAUGCCGCAGCAGCGGCCAAUAAUUGCAACAAUAAUCUGAUGUCGUCUUCAUUGAAUGCUGCCCACAGCACUGGCAUGUCACUGCACGAACGUGGCCUACCACCCAAAGGUAUGGGUCUAACAGCAAAUGCCGGCGGUGGUAGCAAUAUGUUACUUCAUACACAACACCCCGCCCAGCAACAGCAACAACAACAGCAGCAGCAUCAUCAUCCCAAUCAAACGUCGUCAUUGGUCAUAAAUCCGGCGGGAGCCAAUGUCGGAGCAGGUGGUUCGGCUAUGACGACAUCAUUGCAUAGUUUUGACAUAAAUGGCGCUGCAGUUGUUGGCGGUGGUAAUCCCGUUGGUGUUGGCACCCAGACAUGGGCAACCCCCUCCCUAUCACCGACAUCGGGCAUGGCACCCAAUCAUCAUGUUGGCCAACAGCAACCGCACAAAAAAUGUGAGGUUAAAUUGAAUGCAAUGCCGUGGUUCCAUGGCAGCAUUACCCGUGACGAGGCCGAACACUUGCUACAGCCCCGCGAAGAUGGCCUGUUUCUAGUGCGAGAAUCGACCAACUUUCCUGGUGACUAUACGCUCUGUGUAUGCUUCCAGGGUAAGGUUGAGCAUUAUCGCGUGAAAUAUUUGGAAAAUAAGCUAACCAUUGACGAUGAAGAAUAUUUUGAAAAUUUGGGUCAACUAGUAGCGCACUAUGAAGCCGAUGCCGAUGGUCUGUGUACACAACUGGUAAAAUGUUUACCCAAACAGGGUAAACAGGAAUACUGCAUUAAUUCGAAAGAUUUCAUUGACAAAGGUUGGGUUAUACCCGAAUCGGAUUUACAAUUACGCGAGAGCAUAGGCAAGGGUGAAUUUGGUGAUGUUAUGUUGGGCAUACUGCGCAAUGAAAAAGUGGCUGUAAAAAUGCUUAAAGACGAGGGAGCUGUACAGAAAUUCUUAGCAGAGGCUUCAGUUAUGACAACACUGGAACAUGAAAAUCUAGUGAAGUUCAUUGGUUUAGUCUUCACUAGUAAACAUCUGUAUUUGGUUACGGAAUAUAUGAGCAAAGGAUCACUGGUUGAUUAUCUAAGAUCGCGGGGACGACAGCAUAUAACUAAAAAGGAUCAAAUCAAUUUUGCUUAUGACACGGCUUCCGGUAUGGAAUAUUUGGAAGCGAAAAAGGUUGUUCAUCGUGACUUGGCUGCCCGCAAUGUUCUCAUUUCGGAAGAUUGCGUUGCCAAGGUAUCCGAUUUUGGUUUGGCCCGUGAGGAAUGCUAUAAUCUAGAUGUCGGGAAAUUGCCAAUUAAAUGGACUGCCCCCGAGGCAUUGAAAAAUUGGCGUUUCUCUAAUAAAUCCGAUAUGUGGAGUUUUGGCAUUUUAUUAUGGGAAAUUUAUUCAUUUGGUCGUGUUCCUUAUCCUAGAAUUCCAUUAACCGAUGUUGUGAAACACGUUGAAGUCGGCUAUAAAAUGGAAGCUCCCGAGGGUUGUCCUCCCGAGAUCUAUGAAAUGAUGAGACAAGCCUGGGACCUUAAUCCUGCCAAACGACCCACAUUUGCUGAACUAAAAGUGAAACUUUUACAUUUGAAAAAUAAUACAGCGUGAAAGAUGAGUUAUUGCCAAUAGCGUAAAAGCAACUACUACAACAACAACAACAACACCACUACCACCUUUUAAGAAAAUAAAGAGAUAACGAAAACCAACCCCUGCAGCAGCUGUUACAAUGUAAAAGUAUAAUAAAUAUUAUUAUAAUAACACACACAGACACACUUAACGAAAAUAUGAUAACAACAUACUAAGUAGAGAUUGCAACAGCAACAACAACAAGAAUUAAAAACAAAACACCAUUUAUAUAUAUAAAAACAUAAAAAACAUGCAUAUAUAUAUACCUAACUAAGGAUAUACAAAUCAGUUUUCUUUCUCGAGACAGAGAGAAAGAGAAAAAAAACGACAACGUGAAAAGUGAAUGUGUAUUUACAGCAACAACUAUUUAACAGAAAUGAAAAGUAUAUAUUACAACAACAAUAAUAAUUAUAAUAAUAUUAAUAUUAAUAAUUAAAUAAUUAUUCUUUAUAUUAUUACUAAGAAAAAACAAUAUAAAUAAUUAUAACAGCAACAACAAGUAAAAUAAUAAUCAUAAUUAAUAAUAAUUUAAAAUUAAGAUCAAACAACAACAACAUGAAGAAAUGUUAUGUAAAAACCCAACAGCAACAACAUUAUAACUAAUAAUCAUUUAUAUAUUAUAUAAAUUAACAUAAAUACAUCCCCCACCCCUAUCCUAUACCUCUCUACCUUUCUUAAAAGUUAAUGAUUUGAAAAAAAAAACAAACAGGCGGCUACAUAAGGCAACUACUUAACGCAACAAUAACAACCAAUUUUAAAUGUCUGUUUCUUUUUUUGUUUAUUUUAUUUUUUGUUUUAAUAAAACAAUGCCAACAACAACAAUACCUAAAAAACAAAAAGCCCCUCCAAAUUUCUUUUUUUCGAAGGAGAAAUCAAAACAAACUAUACCACAAACAAACAAACAGCCACACUUAUUUAAACACACAAUUUUCCUUUAGAUGUAAGCUUAAGCUUAAAGAAAACAACAGCAACAAUAACACAAAACAAAAAAUAUUUAAUGUUUACACUCUGUGUUUUUUAUAAAAAAGUGUAAAUCAAAAUCCUAUUUUGUUAAAAAGCCAGUCGCGUUAUAGAACCUUAAUUUCUUUCUUAUUGUGGAACCCCCCGGGAUUUUUUGGACAAAAAACAAGGCCACUUCCUUUGACGUUGAGUAUGAUGGAGAUUGAUUCGAAAUUAUCCAGCUAAAUGGAUAUUGUUGAUAAUUUAAAAAUUAGCCUAAACCACUUUCUAUUAAAUCAUUAAAGAGAAGGGAAAGUUUACUGAAAAGAAAAUCAAGUUUUAUUAAAAAAAUGGAAAUUGAUAGAGGUCACAUAUAUGUCGGCCCUCUCUUUCUCUACCAAAAAUGUACUUUACGCAAACUUUACUCUAGAAGCGUACGCCUGCGAAAUAUUAAAUUUAAAACGCACACAUCUAACUGCAACAGGUCAAACCUAAAAAAGGGAUCAAAUUCAUUCUGAAAUACCACUGAAGAAAUUAUAAAUCGAUGAUUAAUGUAGAUUCGAGGAAAUCAAAGGUUGAUUAUUUCCUUUUGUCAUUUAUUAAGGAUAGAAUAAAAACUCAAACCAGAAUUCGAUUUUCGUGGGCAGGAAAUUUAAAUUUUCCUCAAACCUGAUUUCUAAAGGUGAGGGUACAUGAGCUGAUUAGCAUCAUGGCUAAGCAUACAUAUUAAUGUCAAAUUAUAAGGGGAAACGACGGCAGGAUGCGAGUGCGCGGCUCUGGCAUUCCUUUAAGAUAUGUCACAAAAUAUGCCAUGUGAAGCUGCUUGUGUACGCACUCCUUAAUUUAUAUAUGUGAAAUUCGAUAGUAGACAGAACCUUAUAGAAUCUACUAGUUUUGCAAUUUCUUUUUCGAUAUCAUAAAGCAAAAAUCUGUUAUCAUAGUAAAAACUUUUACAUUCUUGUCGUUCUGGAACAGACCAAUUUUGAAACUAAAGAAUAUGCAUAAUAAACCCCGAAAACUAUUAUCGAUAUAGGGUUCAUCAUUAAGUAAGCAGAUUUAAAUUAUACCCUACACACCAUAUGUUGGAGAUAUAAUAUUAUGGACCACAAAGUUUGUAACACCUCGAAUUAUUUGUCCUAGACCCAUGAUGUUAUAGAUCAAUCUUCCUAUAUAUAUAGCCGAGUUAAAUUGAUCUAGUUAUGCAUGUCCGCCCUUCUGCCCAUGUUAGUUUUUAAUCACGCUGCAGAUCGCAAUUAUGUUCCGAUUCUCACAAAGUUUUGCAUAGAGUUUGGGUCAGUUUGAAAUAAGAAGCCUAUUGUUUUUGGUGAUUGUCGCAAAAUAUUAAUGAAUUAGUUAGUUGGGAUGUCCACCUUAGAUAGAUGAAAAUGGAAAUUUUGAUGGACAUGUAUGAGGUAUAAAUCGAAUUCAUUUAGACUGAUAUUUUUUUCAAUAUCGUUUGAGACAAUUUUGGCCCCAGGAGUCACCUUUAGAGAAUCCACUUGAUAACCUCAAUUAUAUGAUACCCUUUUUCAUACCCAUCUCAUUUAAUUUUUCCAUCCAAUCCUUUAGGAGAGAUGGUGGUGGCGGCACCAUGCCAAUUAAUAUCAUGUCAUCUUAUUUUUGUCGCUAUGUUUUCCGGUGAUACGUAUAAACACACCGCCUUUACUGUAUCUUCAUGGCAGCCAGCAGUCCAGCAUUGUUGCGAUCUUUAUAGAUCUACUCAUUUUUGUCCUUAUCCUUGUGAAUUUGUAUUUUUUUGCUACAUAAAGUGGACUUCCAGUCGACCUUGACGAGCCCUCUCAUGCAUUUGUAUCAAACGUAAAGCUUCCAUUUCGAUUUUUUGUUCCACAACUGGAUUCUCCUCCACCAUUCUAACUUCACAAAGAUUUCAUGCCAGCGUUGGAUAUUUUCUUCCAUUCCUUGUGAAUGCCAGGAAUAGAUCCAUGGUAAAAUUAAGAAGAUAAAGUCAUUUCCAAAAGGCAUAUCCAUCCCUGAUUCUGUAAUUUACCUUGUCAAAUUUCACUGAAUAAAAAAGGGGUUUCCAUCCCUGAUUUCUGUGUAUCCAAUGGAUUUUUAAAUAUAAAUAUUGACAAGGAGAUGUUGUCAGACGAAUAAUUUUGAAAAAAUGUAAACAUAUGAUUUUGCGUUAUAGAAAAGCCUGAAGUGAUAUUUUCGCUGAGUGAAAGCCUGGAGUGCUUUCGUUUGUUCAAAAUAUUAUUAUGCGCUCAAAAUUUGCCGAAAAGGACUCUUCUGAAUUACUGUGCGACGUGUCCGCAGAUCCAUUAUUGUACCAAUUUUCAACAGACAAAUAUCCUACAGUUUAUGUUAUCCUACAGAAAAUUGUUGUUGCACAAUAAAAGAUAAGUGAAAAUUAAGUGAUGACAAUGAAAUGUUCCGGAAUAAUCAAGUGAAAUUCUUGCAAAACGAUGAAAUGUGUUUUCGAAGUCGAUUAUGAAGUCAAUCAGCAUGUUGACUAUUCAAAAGCUUACUGAGAACCACCUGCAUACAAAGACAAAACUAACUUUAUGUUUUCUAUCUAUUCAUCAGACUAUGCUUAUAGUUCUACACAAAAUCAAGGGCAAACAUACUGUAAAUCCGGUGUAUGCUAUACCCGGUACCUUGCCAAAACAAAAUCACUAAAAGUUAGGAGAAAGAAAGAGGGGCGGACUCCGAGGAUGGCAUUCCUACUGUAAUUGUUUACUACCUCUGCGACUGAAUCAGUAUGAAUGCUAUUCAGAUUCGCUUGGUAGGCUUCAUGAUCUUGGGGCUCUCUCUCUCUUAUAUCGCUGGACCUCUCUCUCUAGAUCAUGCAGGUCCUUCCUGACACGCCUGGGUGGGGGAUUUCUGUCCACCAUAUGGUGGUUAGGAUGACACCCAAGAUAACACCCAAGCAGGUACUGCAACGAAAGCAUAUGAUUUAUGCUGACGUAAGAGAGUUACAUAAUUGCCUUGAUCUUAGUACGGUGUCCGGGGCUGCUUUUGGAAUACUCUCAAUUUAUGCAGCUUUCUGGAUUCUGUCUCUCCGGCUAAGCCUAUAGUACUUAGAGAGGAAUUAAACCGAAUUGGAAUGAUUCUAGUACGGUAUCCGGCGCAGCUUUUGGAGUACUCUCAAUUUAUGCAACUUUCUGACCUCCGUCUCUCCCUAUAUUACUGAGUGAAAAUUAAACCGAAAACUGAAAAUUGACCCCAAUUUUUUGGGCAGAUUUAGGGCGAGUUUUGUUAUCAAAUUUUAUUUCAAUAUAUUUUUUGCGAUUAUAUUCCCAUCAUGCAGUUCCGAUCGGUGGCUUUGAAUUGCCAGUUUUUUGUCUAGUGGUUGCUUUUUAUUUAACCUUCACCCCAGCUUCACAAAAAUAUACCCCCAGUCCAUUGUUAAUAAAUUAAAUAAUUAUUUUCCUUGACUGUAGAACACAAUUGUAUCCUUAAUUAACGUACAUACACACACACAAACAAAAAUGAAAUGCUAAACAAAAACGCAAAACAAUGUGUUAAUCUUUAGAUUAUUUUCCUAAAUAAGAUUUACAAUAAAAAAAUUAAAAAAACAA